AUGGGACUUACUUCGUUGGCAUGGAGUCCGACUUCUUGGGCCAUUGUUUCUCUCCCUCUGGUCUAUCUGCUAGGCAGCUGGGCUCUUGCAGCUCGGCGGCCGAAAGAUUUCCCUCCUGGCCCUCCCACUGUUCUGGGACUGGGCAACGUUCUGCAGAUUCCGCCAGAAAAGCCAUUUCUCAAGUUCACAGAAUGGAGGAAAACCUACGGUGAUAUUCUGGGUCUCACUGUUGGAUCCCAAAAGAUGGUCGUGCUUCAAACCGCCGAGCACGUCAGGGAGCUCUUCGAGAAACGCGGCGCCAUCUACUCCGACAGACCCGCGCCUUUCCUCACGUCAAAGAUCAUUCACCCAGGGUCCGUCCUCUUCAUCAAUGACCCCACAGUCAAAAAAUGGCGAACGGCGAUGCAGUACAUGUUCAGGCCUACCGAGCUGAAGCGAGUUUUCGAGGUCCAGGCGGCACACUCUGCCAUCUUCAUGCGAAAGCUCCUCGACAACCCUGAAGACUUCGAAGAUCAUAUGAGACAUUGGGCGCUGGCUACUCCGCUGUCUAUCAUAAGUGGACAAAAGGUGGAAGACAGCGGACCGACAUCGACAGCAGUGUGGUACGGCACCCAGGCGAAGUGGCUUCGCUUCAUGACACCGGCCAAGACACCCCCUGUCGACAUUUUCCCCAUCAUGAAGCUAUUUCCCGGGUUUCUUGCUGGAUGGAAACGAGAAGCAUUGGUCUUGAGAAAGCAUAUGCUUCGCUAUGUAUAUCACAUGCUCGAGGGUGCCAAGACACAGCAUGCCAGCAUAUCGAAAGGGCUGCGCGGUCACCGUAACGAGUCCGUUAUGUCGAGACUCAUUACCGAAGGCGAGACUAAUGAGGCUAUACGCAUGGACGAGGAUGAGCUUGCGCGCUUUGGCAGCGGCACCUUGGAUGCGGCGGUCGACACCGUCAUCGCUACAACCCUGAGUUGCGUGCUAUCUUGGGCGGCGUAUCCGGAGGUGCAGAAACGUGUCCAAGCUGAGGUUGACUCAAUUUGGGAGGAUGAGGUGCCUUCCGGGGAGAAGCUUGCAGAAGCUAAGUAUUUAAGGGCUGUCAUGAUCGAGUCGAUGCGCUGGCGUGGAGCUGCUCCGCAAGCCGUCCCACACGUCCUGACCCGUGACGACACAUAUCGCGGGUUCAGGUUCACCAAAGGGACAAUCUUUAUCAUCAACGCCUGGGGUAUCCACAUGGAUGAGAAGUGGUACGAGAAGCCCGAGGAGUUCAACCCGGAUCGGUACAUGGAGAACCCUUGGGGCGUCAGGCCAGAGAUGAGGGACGCUGCCGAGAAGGAGAACCGCCGGCCAACGUACAACUUUGGCGCGGGCCGCCGGAUGUGUCCCGGAUUCGAUUACGGCGAAAACCAUAUCUUAAUCGCGCUGGCUAAAUUGGCUUGGGAGUUUGACGUUGUGGCGAAGGGCCCUUUGGAUCUAGACGUUGAUACCGGGUACCACUCGGACUUGAUUCUGGCUCCCAAGUCGUUUGAUGUAGAUUUUAUGCCGCGAAGCGAGCUUGCCCUCAAACACGCCAUCGGUCUCGGCCAGACACCAAAUGUCGUCCCCGUGACACAGCCGUAUCUGAAUGGACCUCCUCGGCCUGUCGAGGUUGGAUGGCAUCCCGUCGGCGGUCUCGCCGGCAAGUGGUUCGCCGAAGACACCGGCCUAGGCAAGAUGAUCACCGAGAGGAUCAAGUUCUAUCCGGAUCCGACGCAGCAUUGGGCCGUACUGGUCGGCGACUUUGCCCACCAACUGUGGAUGGAUGAGAACUUUCAUGUCAUCUACACCAACGAGAGAUACAAGCGGGAUGAGUGGCGGACAUUUCCGGUAGGAGAGACGCGCUUCAAUGACGACGCGAUUCGGCGAGCCGGUGAGUCGGUGAUCCAGAACAUUAGAGAGAGGCAGCCUGCGUAUAACCUCAUCACCAACAACUGCCAAACAUACGCCCUGCAACUGCUUGAUGCCAUCAAGGUCGACGGCCAGAAGGACUUCGGCACUACACUUGCCGUCUACCACAGACUCACUGGGCAUGGAAAGGUCAUGGAUCUGUUCGCCACGCCAGAGCAGCAGCAGCAACAACAAGCUGCUAUUCAAGGGCCGCCAUCACAACUCGCGCUACCGGCCCCGCCCGGCCCUCAAACAGGCUCACCGCUCGGCACGCCACCCCCGGGUUCUCCACCGUACGGCACACCGCCUCCGGGUGCCAUGUACCCGCCCCCGCCUGGACCGCCGCCUCCAGGCAUGUACCCCUACGGUCCAGGAUCUCCGCCCCCCGGCGCGCAUCCCUACGGACCCGGAUCGCCGCCGCCUGGUCCCUACCCAUACGGACCAGGGACGCCGCCGCCUCACCCGCCACCCGGCAUGCAUCCUUACGGUCCCAUCACGCCGCCGCCAGGCUCCCAACCCUACUUGCCCGGUUCUCCACCGCCAAACAUUUCGUACACUCCCGGUCCGCACGCGGGUACGGUCUCGUACGCCCAGCAGCUCAUGCACGACAACACAACGCAGCUCAACACUGAGGACGAGGCCAAGAAGCACAGCGGCGAGAGAGGCAUGAACGGGGACAAGAAGAAGAAGAGUUUCUUUUCACUAUCACGCUUUACGAAGAGCUGA